CACUCGGAACGCUUAAGCCCUAACCAUCGAAGAACGAAAGCUUCAGACGAAUUGAAAAUGGUGGAGCAAGAAGAGAUUGUUGAUUCAGCUUCUGCUCCGGUUAACCCAGAACCGGAAGAAGACAUGGAGCUCGAAUCAGAGAGAGAGGAGAAUGGUGAGGAGAACGGAAGUAUCCAUAAGAAGCAAAAGGUUGAAGAGAGGUCUGUGGAGGAAGAAAGACUGGAGAAGAAGACUGAGGUAAAUGGGUCGGGUCGGGUCAAGCUUGGUCCCAAGGAGUUCGUUUCCUCUGUGGAGAUGUUCGAUUAUUUUAACAAGUUGUUGCAUUUCUGGCCGAAUAAUCUCGAUCUCAACAAGACUAUUCAAGUCGGCUCAGGGACUCAAAACAUUUUCAUGUAUGAGCGGAGGGUGCUACUGGAUUUGGUGAAGAAGGGUCAUCCCGAGCCCGAGAAGAAGAUUGGAGGAGGAAUCAAAGCGUUCCAAAUCAGAAACCACCCGGUGUGGAAAAGCCGUUGCUUCUUUCUGGUGAGGGUAGAUGAAACCGCAGAUGAUUUCAGCUUCAGAAAGUGCGUCGAUCAUAUCCUCCCGUUGCCGGAAAACGUAAAGUCUCCCAAAUCUAGUGGUGGUGGUCGUGGCGGCUAUGGUGGACGAAGAGGCCGAAGGGUCAGAAGAUAAGAGUGUGUUUGUUCCUUCUUUGCUUUUUUGCAUUUCUUAAUUAGAAUUUAGAUAAAAUUUGAAAUCUCCUAGCUCUCUUUUUUUUCUUUUUUGUUGUAUGAUAAAAGCUCAAAGGAUAUGAUGUUUGUACUUUCAUUAAUCUGACAAAGAGAGAUUACGUUAGACGUAAAAAGAACAUUCUUCUUGUACUUAUCAAAAAAAAAAACGUUCUUCUUGU